ACAUUCCUAGCUAAGCUACAAAACCCAACUCCUCAAACACUUCCAUCCAUCAAAAUUCUUUCGAAACCCCCUUCGUUUUCUUGCCAAGUGAAUAUGUCCACCUCCCAACAGUUACCCACUCACCAUCAACGGGAACCCAAACCCAUCAAACGCCACCAUUCCGCCAGCUACUAUGUUAAUCGAGUCCGCGACAGCCUUACUACUCGGAUCUCCAAGAUUAUAUGUGGCAUAUUUUUAACCCUUCUAUUCGUUGGUGGUAUUGCUGUAUUCAUAACAUGGCUCAGUUUACGCCCACAUCGUCCUCGGAUCCUUAUCUCGAAUUUUUUUAUUCCGGGUUUGGAUCAACCUGAUGGGUUCGAAAAUGCUGAGAUAAGUUUCAAUGUCACAGCCCGGAACGCAAACCGAGCAGUUGGGUAUUAUUAUGAUUCGGUGGAAGCCUUUGUUUACUAUAGAGAUCGAGCAAUUGGGUCUACACCCUUAGUGGACUCAUUUUACCAAGAGCCCAAAAACACAACUAAUUUGUCCAAGGUGUUGAAAGGGGCCACCCUGGAUGUGAAUAGUGACCGUUGGCGGGUAUUUAGGAAAGAUUUUGCGCGUGGAGCGGUUGUUUUUCGAUUAGAUGUAACGGCCAUGAUUCGAUUUAAGCUGUCCACGUGGGAUAGUAAGCGCCAUCGGAUGCAUGCCAAUUGUGAUGUUGCUGUUGGCCGAGAUGGGUCCAUCUUGGCAACUUCUAAAAAUAAGAGAUGCCUUGUAUAUUUCACUUGAUUUGUGAAAGUUACGUAAAUUAUGUAAUUUUCUUUGUCUUUUUAAUGUGAAUUCAUUUGACA